AUGGAUGUAUCUCAAGCGAAAAGAAGCUAUCAAGAUGAAGAACUUUGUUCUCAGAACUCCGAAGUAGAUCGCAACCUCCUCCGCGUAUCUCGUCCACGUGCAACUACCGAUCCCGCUAUUUCCGGAUCUGAACAGUCGAAGCGAGAUUCUCGUUUGACUCGUUCAAACUCAGCUUGUGGACUCGACUCCGUCGAGCUAGAGCUCGACUUCGUCUUCACAAGUAGCUCGGACAGUAAACAGCUGGAUUUUGGACAAGGAUACUUGGUGGGCUCGAGGUCACUUUACUGGGCCUGA